GGGAGGAGGGAGGACGGCGCUGGAGCCUGCAGGCGGCGGGAGCCCGAGCGAGCCGCCUCGGGAGUGCGGUCUCCAUGGCAGUGCUGGGCGCAGCCAGAGCUUGUCCAGGAGGCUGAGCCCCACCCUCAGAAUCUGUUGGGACAUCUUCGAAGAUCCUUAAUUGGUCAAGAAUCAGAGGAAGAAGAGACUUGGAUGUUCGGGGAUGUCCUAUCCCCCUUGGUUCUCUUGUAGUUGAGAAACAGCCCCCCCAAGUCAACCACAGGAAUACUUUAAAAGGGGCCCCACCCAAAAUGGAGGCUGAGGACUGCCUCUGCUGACCCUCAGCUUCUUCCCUGCCCUCCACACCUGGCCUCCGCUGGGUCAGUCUGCCAUGCUAAGCAGUCGGGUGGGCCUGGAGGCAGCCUGCCUCACCACAGGGCAAGGAUGGUGGGCACCAUGGGGGUGUGUGUGAGUGAGGCUCCUGGGUGAGACGAGCCCCCACCCCCAGGAGUCCAAGGGGGUAGGGGGGCCUAGGAUAGGAUGGCUCGGGGUGGGGCAGGGGCAGAGGAGGCCUCGCUGCGCUCCAAUGCUUUGUCCUGGCUAGCCUGUGGGUUGCUAGCACUGCUGGCCAAUGCCUGGAUCAUCCUCAGUAUCUCGGCCAAGCAGCAGAAGCACAAGCCACUAGAGUUGCUGCUCUGUUUCCUAGCGGGCACCCACAUACUUAUGGCAGCUGUACCCCUCACCACCUUUGCUGUGGUGCAGCUACGGCGUCAGGCUUCCUCCGACUAUGACUGGAACGAGAGCAUCUGCAAGGUCUUUGUGUCCACCUACUACACACUGGCCCUAGCCACCUGCUUCACUGUCGCCUCACUGUCCUACCAUCGCAUGUGGAUGGUGCGCUGGCCUGUGAACUACCGCCUUAGCAACGCCAAGAAGCAGGCACUACAUGCAGUGAUGGGCAUCUGGAUGGUCAGCUUCAUCCUCUCCACCCUGCCCUCCAUCGGCUGGCACAACAAUGGCGAGCGCUAUUAUGCGCGUGGCUGCCAGUUCAUAGUUUCCAAGAUUGGCCUUGGCUUUGGUGUCUGCUUCAGCCUCUUACUACUUGGGGGCAUUGUCAUGGGGCUGGUCUGUGUGGCCAUCACCUUCUACCAGACACUGUGGGCCCGGCCUCGGAGAGCUCGGCAGGCCCGGAGAGCAGGGGGUGGCGGUGGAGCCAAAGGGGGUGGGCCAGGGGGCUUGGGUACCCGACCAGCCUUUGAAGUACCUGCCAUUGUGGUGGAAGAUGCCCGAGGGAAACGUCGAUCUUCGCUGGACGGCUCUGAGUCUGCCAAGACAUCCCUGCAGGUCACCAACUUAGUCAGCGCCAUCGUCUUUCUCUAUGACUCACUCACAGGGGUACCCAUCCUGGUGGUGAGCUUCUUCUCCCUUAAAUCGGAUUCGGCUCCCCCCUGGAUGGUGUUGGCUGUGCUGUGGUGCUCCAUGGCACAGACGCUGCUGCUGCCCUCCUUCAUCUGGUCCUGCGAGCGCUACCGCGCCGACGUGCGCACCGUGUGGGAGCAGUGCGUGGCUAUCAUGUCUGAGGAGGAUGGCGAUGACGAUGGAGGCUGUGAUGACUAUGUGGAUGGUCGAGUGUGCAAAGUUCGCUUUGAUGCUAAUGGUGCCACAGGACCAGGCUGCCGGGACCCCACACAGGUGAAGCUGCUGCCCGGAAGACAUAUGCUCUUUCCCCCUCUUGAGAGGGUCCACUACUUACAGGUCCCUCUGUCCCGCCGUCUGUCCCAUGAUGAGACCAACAUCUUCUCUACCCCACGGGUACCAGGCUCCUUCCUGCAUAAGUGGUCAUCCUCUGAUGACAUCCGGGUUCUCCCAGCCCAGAGCCGGGCCCUGGGGGGCCCUGCAGACUACCUAGGACAUCGACGAAGGCUGGAGGAUGAGGAGGAUGAAGAGGAGGUUGAAGGUGGAGGACUGGCCAGUCUCCGCCAGUUCCUGGAAAGUGGGAUUCUAGGAGGAGGUGGGGGACCUCCUCGGGGUCCUGGCUUCUUCCGGGAGGAGAUUACCACCUUCAUUGAUGAGACACCUCUGCCUUCUCCAACUGCCUCACCAGGGGCCUCUCCUCGCCGGCCCAGGCCACUGGGCCUUUCACCUCGCAGACUCUCCCUUGGGUCACCUGACAAUGGAGCCAUUGGACUUCCUUUGGGACUAAGUGCAGGGAGACGCUGCUCCCUGACAGGUGGUGAAGGGAAUGCAAGAGCUUGGGGAGGAUCCUGGGGCCCAGGAAACCCUAUCUUUCCCCAGAUGACCCUGUGAGCACAAGCAAGCCCACUGAACUCAGAGGGGACUGGGUAGGUAACAUCUCAUUCUGGCCCUAAAUCUAGGGCAGUAGCCUCCAAACUGUUGAGUGGUAGGCACUGGAUCUGGAGCCCUGGGGCCCCUGCUGUCUCCCACACAAAUGGCCAGAUAUCCUACUUUAUGCCCCUUCGAUCAUCUUUAGCAAAAUGUAUUAAAGUCUUAAGUGUUUCCAUGG